UUUUCUUCAAACUAGCCGUUAUCCCCAAAACGCUCCUUCUAUUCGUUAGUUCGAGUUCUUCGUCUCAUCGUCUGUGCAUAAGCUCGCAAAUCAGUGCACCUUCCAAUUACUGCAACUCCUAAAGCCCAUCCUCUAAAAUUCAAAAUGUUUGCUCAAGGUCUAGAUCAAACUGCAAUCAAUUGGAUUAAACAGGGGAAAGAAGAUGUGAUGGAGGCUGGUCCUUCCUCAGUGGAUAACUUUGAGUGUGGAACAGUCUUCAAAUCAUCCCCGUUUCUUCGCAACAGAAGCAAUUAUAUGUCACCCAAAACUUUACCCCCUCUGAAGUUCCAUUCUGGCUUGCUUGGCAAACAUAGUAUAUCAACUUUUGAUAUCUGUGAAUCUGAUGAACAGACUGUCAGUAAUGACAGUGAUGAAGAAAGUGUUGCUUCAGCCCCAUAUGACAUGGAUGGUUAUUAUUCUGAGAAUUUCAACCAAAAAUUUUCAAGGUGCAAUGAUGUCAAUAUGCCUAUUCUUCAUGACAAUGAUGAAGAAAUCAUUGAUUUACAAGCUAGCACAAAUUUGAGAAGUAGACAACCUUUGCCGUUGAUAAAUAGAGGAUUGUCUAAGAUUGAUCUUACAGUUAAAUUGCCAGAUCGUACCAAGAGAUUCAAUGAUGUGGUGCUUGACAAACACAGUGAGCACUAUAUGGCUCCAGAUAGUUGCAGUCACGCUCUUAAUAACGUUAACCCACUUAGUUCACAGGAUACACCCAUUAAUCAUAGCAGAUACUAUGAUGUUGGAGACUUGGGUACUCCAAGUGCUCCCCCGGUCAAUGCUGAUGGAGACCAGGUACACAAGCCUACAGAAGAAAAGAAACAUGUGACUGAUAUGGAUGUUACAAUGGAUGGACGGACUAGAAAAGGGCUGUACAUGCCUAGAGAUGCCGACUGUUAUGAAGAGGCCAACCCAAUUUUGUCAGGAAAAAAGACAGAAACUUUGGAAAAGAAUGAUUUGAACGAGAAAACAAAUCCUUCAACCACUUUGGUGAAAGAAGAAAUGCUAGCACCCCACUGUAUGCCAGAUAUCAUGGAGCCACUUUGUUGUUAUGAUACAAGCGGCCAACAUGCCUUCCAAACACUUGUUGCAUAUGAUGCCUGCAUUCGGCUAUGCUUGCAUGCAUGGGCAAAAGGCUGCCCAGAUGCACCCGAGUUUCUACGUGAUGAGUGCAUUAUCCUUUGGACAGCUUUUGGGCUGAACAAUAUCCUGCUUCAUCCACCUGGUAUACAGACAGAAAAAGGUGCGGACCCUAAGAUCUCAGAAGAAACAUGCUGUAGGAAGCCAAAUAAAGUAUUCAGCAAGAUUAGAGUGGAAGUGAAAAGGCUGCGCAUUAUACCGAGAAGAAAACUUAAGAGUACUUUCUCUCAGCAUGGUGCAUUGUACAUACAGGCAGGGACAGAGUAUGUACGCCAUGUUUCAUCAGUUGUGAAAACAAGCAUCAAUUCACUUGUGAACUCGUCAUUAACACUAACACGUGAAGAGCCAUUGUCAUGCAUAUUCCGUCUGAAGAGCUCCACAGAAGAUGCUCAAAUGGAUUCUGGUUCUGCAAUAUGCUUACGUUCAGGAACUGGCGAGUACCAUGACUUUUUUCCAGAAAGUCAAGGGAAUGUACUUCUAGUUGAAGUUAGAGAUUCAAAACAAAUGAUCCAAGGCCACGCUUCAAUUCCGCUAUCAUUUAUAGCUGAGAACCCUAAUGACAAAGUUCGAUGGUGGCCUAUCUACCAUGGUGACCAUGAAUGCAUUGGAAAAAUCCAACUUUUCAUAUCUAGUUCAAUUACAGAUGAAGAGGGUAAACAUACAAAGACUAGUGCUGUUGUUGAAACUCUUGCAUAUGAUAUGUUGCUGGAAGCUGCAAUGCGCGCACAACAAUUCCAUUCUCGUAAUUUGUGUUUGUAUGGUCCUUGGAAAUGGUUGCUGAAUGAAUUUGCAGACUAUUAUGCGGUACCAGAUUCUUACACAAAGUUAAGGUAUCUCUUGUAUGUAAUGAAAGUGGGUACUCCAACAAAAGAUUGCCUGGGGCUUGUUCUGGAUUUGCUUAUGCCUGUUAUAAAGGCCAGGGGUGAAAAAAGAUUAAAUAGACAAGAGAAAAGCAUUUUGUUGGAUUGCGAAACACAAGUUGAGAGUCUCCUUGCAAAUGUUUUUGAAAAUUACAAGUCACUGGAUGAACACUCAUCCACAGGUUUGACAGAUUCACUAACUCCGGUACCAGAGACUGCGUCAUCAGCUUUGGGUCCAGCGGUUCAACUUUACACCCUUCUUCAUGAUAUCCUUUCCCAAGAUGCACAGGCAGUUUUACAGAAGCAUUUACAGACUGCAGCUCAGAAAAGGUGUCGAAGGCACAUGCUAGAGGCUGAUGAAUUCAUGUCCAGCAACUCUGAGAAUAUCCUAACAGAUCAGAUAUCCAUUUCCACAGCAUAUAUGAAGAUGAAGAACCUUUGUAUAAACAUAGGCAGAGAAAUCCUCGCAGACAUCAAGAUCCAUAACCAACAUAUACUGCCCAGUUCAACGGACUUGUCAAACAUCACCGCUACUGUUUAUAGCACCGAAUUGUCCAAAAGGCUUAAAGGGUUCCUUGCAGCAUGUCCUCCAUCAGGCCCUUCGCCACAUGUAAAUGAACUUCUGGCAGCAACUUCUGAUUUUGAGAGGGAUCUUGAAACAUGGAAAGUAAGUCCUAUUCAAGGUGGUGUAGACUGCAAGGAUCUAUUUCACAGUUACAUUAUGGUGUGGGUACAAGAGAUGCAACUUGAAUUACUAGAUCUCUGCAAGGCAGAAAAGACUCCAUGGUCUGGGGUGUCUACCAACCUCUCUACCUCACCAUUCGUUGAGGAUAUGUAUUCAAGAAUAAAGGAUGCCUUAACUCAUUACGAAAUGGUUAUCAGCAGGUGGCCGCAGUACUCAUUAGAUUUGGAAAAUGCUGUUGCUGAUAUUGAGAGAGCAAUCUUAAAAGCACUGGAAAAGCAGUAUAGUGACAUUUUGGCUCCUUUGAAAGACAGCAUACCAAAGAAGCUUGGUAUGCAUGUUCAGAAAUUGGCUAGACGACAGUCAGUAACACUCUAUUCAGUCCCUGGUCAAUUGGGUACUUUUUUAAACACUGUCAAGAGAAUUGUUGAAGUUCUACAUUCUCAAGUUGAAGAUAUUUUAAAAUCCUGGGCUUCAUGUUUGCCUGCGAUCGGCGGUGAAAAGUUAUCCUUUGGGGAGCAGAUGAAUGGAGUAUCUGUUUUGCUGAAGACAAAGUACAAAAACUACAUGCAAGCUUUAGUGGCAAAACUUUAUAGCAAUAUGCAAGUCAAUCGAAACACACAGCUUAAAAGAAUCCUGGAAGAAACAGAAGACACAGACAAUGAGGCCGAGGUUCGUGAGAGAAUGUUGAUGCUGAAUUCACAACUGAUCGAUUCAAUAUCAAAUUUGCAUGAAGUUUUCAUUAGUCAAAUAUUUGUGGCACUUUGUCGCGGAUUUUGGGAUAGAAUGGGGCAGAGCGUAUUAAGGUUUCUCGAGGGAAGGAAAGAGAACCGUGUCUGGUACAAGGGAUCAUAUUACGCCCUUGGGAUAUUAGAUGAUAUCUUCGCUUCCCAGAUGCAGCGUUUGCAAGGCAAUUUCCUUAAGGAGAAAGAUCUAGAGCCGCCUAGGUCCGUGGUGGAGGCUCGCUCCAUGCUUUGUAGAGAUGGAACAAAUCAAUCCAACUAUUUCUAUGUCUAGUGUGCCCACAACUUCCAUUCUGUAUAAUCUCUUGUCUGUCUAUUCUUUUUGCUCCUGUUUGUAUUUGUAUAGUCUUGUAGUUUCCCCUUUAUUUUUUUUUAUUCUUUGUGUACAAAAAAACUUCAUUCUUUCCUAACUAAAUUGCCUAUUCUUGCUUUUACCA